AGGAGGAUUUCCUGCUCAGUGUAUCAACCUUUCUAUCGGGAUAAACUGCAACAACAAAUCCAGGUUAAUGAAUUCGUCUCUGAUGGGCGGGCAUUAGGCGGGAUCCUCCACAUAGAAAGUUGUUCAUUGUAGCCCCACAGAGGGAGGGAGAGGGAGGAAUAGCGGUGGUGAGAGAGUCAAAGACCGCACGUUCCAGCGCUGAGAGCCAUCGACGAGGAAGCGUAACUGAAGCUGCGAUGUGGAGAGAGGGAAGCAACUCAUCUGUGUAGUUCCUGGAGAGAGCGACUCCCAUCAAAACGCACCGACUGGUGGCCGCAUCGUUCUGGGAAUCGCCGGGAUGUCAAGGGAAUAAUAUCAGUAAUCAUGUGCCUUAUUGGCACCGAGUCGGUGCCACCUCAGCGGUAAGCGGAGAGAAGGAAAGAGGAGGAGGAGGAGGAGGAGGAGGGGUAGACAGCCUGGCAGACAGGUGCGACUCCACAGCCUGUUUCAUUUUCUCGCGGUCCUAUUAGAGCCAUGGAUACCCGCAAGGAAAACAAGGUAAGAAAACCCAUGAAACCCAAAACGACGAAGCGAAAAGAGAAGAAAUACAAAGCCGGCAGGUUUGUCAGGAGGAAAUCGCUGCGAUCUUUUGGGAAUUUCAUGGGGAGGAUCCUUAAAACUUUGGGCACUUUGGCGCACUUUGGCGACGCGGAGCCGCCGGACGCGGAGGACGACGACGGCGGCUUCGGGCAGAGCGCGUCGGGGGGUUUCAAAGACGACUGCGCGCAGGUCUCCAGGGAGGGAGCCGUGAAGAAGAGCUCCACGGUGUCCUCCUCUCACGGCUCGGUGAAAGACAGGCUGUCGUGGUGCUACGGCGACAAGACCCCCGGGGUGCUGGGACUGAAGAACCACGGCAACACCUGUUUCAUGAACGCCGUGGUCCAGUGCCUCAGCAACACGGACCUGCUGGCCGAGUACCUCGGGCUGGAGCAGUACAAGUCGGACGUGUGUCGCGGGAGGCUGAACGGGGAGGUGAGGGGCGAGGAGCGGCAGGGCGCCCGGGGAGAGGUGACCGAGCAGCUGGCGUCGCUGGUUCGAGCCCUGUGGACGCUGGAGUACACGCCGCAGCUGUCUGGCGAGUUCAAGAGCAUCGUGGCCAAGUACGGCUCGCAGUUUCGGGGAAACUCGCAGCACGAUGCCCUCGAAUUCCUCCUCUGGCUGUUGGACCGAGUUCACGAAGAUGCUAAUUCAAGCCCCAACAACAGUAACAGCAGCAGCAGCAAGACCAAAGCCAACGCCAAGGGACCCGGUUCACUGGAGGACCCUUCCAGUCCCAGUUCAGCCAGCACACAGCAGGCUCGAGAUCGACACAGUUUUGUCCAGGAACACUUCCAGGCUCAGUACAGGUCUUCUCUGACGUGCCCUCAUUGCCUUAAGCAGAGCAACACCUUUGACCCAUUUUUAUGUAUCUCCCUGCCAAUCCCUCUACGACAAACCAGGUCGAUGUGUGUGACUCUGGUCUUCAGCACGAAGGGUCAGAGGUACCUGCGGGUGGGGUUGGCUGUACCGCUCUUCGGUUCGCUGUCCUGCCUGAGAGCCAUGGUGGCCGAGGAGGGCAACAUCUCCCCGGACCAGGUCAUCCUGUCAGAGUUGUACUCCACGGGUUUCCAGCGUUCCUUUUCAGAUGAUGACGACCUGACGGCUAUUGCUGACAGCGACGUCGUCUACGCCUUUCAGGCUCCUCCCCUCUAUAGUCAUGGAGGCUCCGCCGCACCGCACUCAGGGUAUCACCACAGCCUCCCCUCCUCCCCCUACACCUCCACGGCUGGACCUGACGGUCAGAGGUUACCUCCGUCUGGCACCCUCUCCUCUGAAUACCUGAACCAGGGCGGCUCCACGAAGGUCCUCCUCCUCAUCUGCAACACGGCGGGCUCUGGCCAGCAGGCUGUCAGGUUUGGACCUCCAUUUCUCAUGCGUGAGGACAGGAGCAUCUCCUGGGACCAGUUGCAGCAGAGCAUCCUGAGCAAGCUCUAUUAUCUGAUGCUGAAUGGAUCUCAGGCUCAGAAUGCUGGGGUGCUGUUCAAGAUCAGAGUGGUGGGCGGCGCUGCAGCCUACAGCUUCCUGUCCCCACAGGACAGCAGGCCGCUGUACCACCCUGCUGUUGACAGAGCUCUGAAGUUCUGUGGCCCCGGGGGGCCUCCCCAUGUGAAGCUGGUCAUUGAGUGGGAGCACAAGACUAAAGAAUGUCUGUUCGGCAGCAUCCAGGAGGAGGUGGUGAAGGAUGCGGAGAGUGUGAGGAACCAGCAGCAGCAGCACCUGCAGCAGCAUAGCUGUACCCUGGAUGAGUGCUUCCAGCUGUAUACCAAAGAGGAACAGCUUGCCCCAGACGAUGCCUGGAAGUGUCCCCACUGCAAGCAGCUUCAGCAGGGUAUGGUGAAGAUGAGCCUGUGGACUCUCCCUGACAUACUGAUCCUCCAUCUGAAGCGCUUCCGACAGGUAGGUGAGCGGAGGAACAAGCUGUCAACACUGGUGCGUUUCCCCCUGACUGGUUUGGACAUGGCCCCCCACGUAGUAAAGAGGAGCCAGAGCAUGAAGAACCUGAACUUAGCGGCCUGGACACCUUCCUGGAAGCAGCCCUCAGGCAAACACCACCAACCUGCAGACUUAAUCCUCCCCCACGACUAUCUGUAUGACCUCUACGCCGUGUGUAACCAUCAUGGUGGAAUGCAUGGAGGGCAUUAUACUGCUUACUGUCGGAACUCAGUGGACGGGCAGUGGUAUAGCUACGAUGACAGCAGCGUUGACCUCGUGCCAGAGGAAGAAGUAUGUACCAGAGGAGCCUACAUCCUUUUCUACCAGAGACGCAACACCAUUCCUCCAUGGUCAGCCAGCUGCUCAGUCAGAGGAUCCACAAGUUCAUCGAUGUCAGACCACUGGCUAAUCCGGCUGACAGGGGACAGUAAGAGAGGCAGCCUGGUCUCUCGAUCCUCCACCACCUGCCCAUCAUCCAUACCUGACUCACCUGAGUCUCCAGUCUUCCUUGACAAUGGUUCUAGAGAGGAAAAAGGGGGUUUUGAGAGCAGGCCAUUUAUCAGGGGUCUUCAGGGACGCAGUGUGAGCAUGAGAGCCCCCAGCAAGACCAAGGACACCUUGAGCAAAGUGCUUCCCCUGCGCUGGUCCUUUGGUUCAAAGGACAGACGGAAACCUGACCCAGUGCCUCCAUCUGUCCAAGAUCCUGCCCCUGUGGAGUUGGUACAAUACUUGGAAUCUGGCCGGCGGCCCCGGUGCACAAAGGAUCCAAUAGUGACAUUGAUGAGCGAACCACGCAGCACAAAAGAAGCUGAUGAGGGCCGGACUGCAACCAAUGUCCAAUCAUCCAGCGUUGGCAGCAUAAGUUGUGUAGGUAAGGCAGUAGAUGAGUCUCCACAGGUCCCGGAGGGCCAGAGGAGGCCCUCAGACAAGACAGCCAGCCUGAGACGCAGCAAGGGGAACCAGACAAGAGAUGAGAACACUGUGAAUGUCAGCAGUAGCUCGAGCAGUAACACCCUCACCAGGAGGAAGGAUGCCAAGAAGCAGAGCUCCUCCAAAGCUUCCCAGGACACUGAGACAAAAAGGAGUUCAGGUGCUGGUGUUCAGCCCAGCUACAGCACUCCUAGUCUCCAUGAUGGGACUCUAAGAAGACAAAAAGGGGACAGGGGUGAAAGGGAACAUCAGGGUACAUAUGAAGGAAACUCCAGUACCAAGAAAGGAGAAGUGCCAAAGAGCCAUGAGGGACUGCUGUCCUUCUUCAAAGGUAACUUUCUGAAGAAGGACUCAAGGAAGUCCAAGGAUGGCGACUCAGGCAAAGUAGGAGGUGAGGAAGGAGGCAGAAGGACCCUCUCUAGGUUGUCUCUGUCUAAUGGGGCAGCAGGAGGAGGAGCUGGGGUGGAAGGAGGCAAGUCUAAUGGCUCAGGCCAUCUGGGUGAUGAGCUGGCAAACGGGAAGGUGGGACGAACCACGGCUGACAUCAAACGCUCCCAGAGCUCCUCCAACAUCCCCACCAAAUCAGAGCAGAGCAUGCGAAGGACAGCAUCUUUGCAUCGCAACGGGAUGUCUACAACCCCAGCACCAUCGCGCAGCCUGACAGCAGACAAACCGUCUUAUGGCACCCUACAGCGGACUCGUUACAGCACAACCUCACUGGGGCGCAAAAGGACAGUGCCCGAAUCCAGCUUCUGACACAGAGAUAUUUACCACAUCCUCACAUACACACAAAGCCUUUUAUCUGGUAUAAAGUGAAUGACGUCCAAUCGCUGAGAUCAAAGCAAUAGAGUGGUACACACUGGUAUACCUUUUUAUUCCCAGACAAUUGGGGAGUUCAGAGACACGGAGCAAAUGAAGGGUCCUUCAAUGAUGGGAUAUGAAGAGCAAAAUGAAAUUAUGUGACCUGUCAGAGAGAGUUGAUUUUUAUUCAGUUUUUUAUGACUUAAAACAAGUGCCUGAGUAACGAAUAUGCAGUUUAGACCAAUGAGUGCAUCUGUUUAGCACUGGAAGCACGAAAUCGCUGACACACAUACACACACACACACACACACACACACACACACACGUACAAGGAUAAUAUCCACAUUUGUGUCUUAUUACUGUAGUGUGUGUUGGAAUUCAUUACUUUCGAAUUCUUAUGGUUAUUUGCUUAUAAUCAAGACACACUGAUUGUGUUCAUUCGUAAGAAUGUAAUGUGUCCACUUGAUUGACGUUGGUGCUUUGAGGCUGUAGUUUCAGAUUAACAUCAAUGCUUCAUCUUCAGUCCCUUGUUUGGUGUUUAUUUAAAUUACAGGAUGGCUUUAAAUGCAAAGCAGUGUUCUUAUGAAGCUUUGAUUUAUCCCCAUGUGAUCCAGGCUGCAGUUGUUGUUUAUUCCGAGUUAAACCUGUACUAGAAAUACCUUGACCUCUAACUGAACUCUAACUCGCUGGUAUACUGUAGAAUCACUGACCUGGGUUGCUUAAUCAUUAUUUGGCUAAAUAAUGAACCCCUACUAGGACCAUAGCGCUUUAUAGCUGAGCCUGACUAACCUCCCUUUGGCAUAAACAAAUUUAGAAAAUACAUUUGUCUGCUGUGAAGUGUAUUAUUAAUUAAUUAAUAUCCACCUUUAGAGAAUGUAUUAUACCUUUUAUAUAACCUUGCUCAAUCAAACUGAAUGCAUUCCUUUUUUUUCUACUGCUUUAGUGUAAUCACUUUUUUUCAUUAUGAUUGCAUAUGAUUUUGUGUGUUUUGUGUAACUGUCACACAGUUAAUUAAGUUCCAUUUAGCUGUGGGUUAUAUGUAGGUUAUAACCGCAAUUAGCACAGCAAGAAACUGUGUGUUUCUCUCCUGGCUCAAACUGCAGAAUGUAGCACUUGCUGUUCUAUUGAAGCUGUAGUUGUUGGAAAAAUUCUUGAAUGUGUGCAAAUAGUGGUGACUCGAGCAAAUUCUGGAAUUUUCACCAGAACCUGACAUUCAGUAAUGCUGUUUUUUGUUCUGUUUUGUUGUAACAGAUGCAAUAAUAUUGCAGCCUAAAAUUGACCAAAUUUGACCAAUUAUCAGAGUGAGAAAUAGCAAGGAGCAGGGUGUGUCAGUAUUUUAGGGCGGGGUUUUUCUUUUAAUUAUUCCUUACAUGAACAAUCUUACUGUGGAAGAUUUAAAAUGCCUUAAUUAAAACACAUCAAGAGAAGAAAUAAUAUGAAAUAAAGCACACAUGCUUAUACUUCCUUUUUUUUGCAUGCAUUUGCUAUGUGUUUACUGUAAGAUAACACAAACUAACACUGGUUAGCCGUCAAAUCUUACCAAGAAUUCUGCCCAGCGGAUCCCUCUGUUUGUUCUCCUACUUGCAGCACAAUUUAUCUCUUAAAAAUGCAGACUGUUAAUCAAAAAUGUAACAAAAUGUACUUUCAAUGGUAACAUCCCAUCAAGAAACUUUUAUAAUCUGAAAGACUGUCUGUCAUAGAUGCCAUUAGCUUUGUCAGUGACACUGAGCACCACCCAUUGGUCCCUACCCCCAGGCUGUGAUUGGACAGUUGAUUGUUUUUCAUUUCGGAAUGGACAGUUCGUUUUCUUCUUUCUUUCUUCCCUUCACCUCCUCAAGGAAACUAAUGAGUGCUUUGUGUAUAAUAUUUACAUGUCUAUGCUGCUCUCUGCUGCACAACACUUAAAUACAGAGCACCUCAAAGUGAAAAAUUACCAAAAAAACCACUGUAAGCUAAAAACUGUCUUUUUAGUAAAAGUUUUCAUUGAAUUAUGACAUGGUAAAUGCAAACAAAAAAGGAAAUGCUUAUAACAAUGCAUAUUGUAUUUCACUUUUUUUAUUAUUUGUUUAAUGUAGGCACUUUAAAUCUUCCACACUUAUUAGCCAGAAGUCAAAUUUGGCAGUUCCUUUGUGAAAUCGGCAUCAUGGAGGUCUUGCUGUGCACUUUUCACAUCUUAGGCAUUAUGAUAAGUCAUGAUGGUGUUUAUAUCCUGUGAGCUUUAUUUAUUGAAACAUGCAAUCAUAUUUACUGUCAUUUAGUAUAAUCUGUUAUUCUUGCUUAGUUGUACCAUGUUCCCUCUUUUCCCCCAAUAUGACCUUGCUUCACAUUUGCAUGGUUAGUUGUUCUCUUACACUUAUGGCCACUGUGCAGUUACCCUAAAAGUCCCUUACAUAUCUAAAGGAAUGCAUAAUUGUAUUCCCAGCCACAAAAUUGAAAUGGGUUCCUCCCUAUUCAUAACUCGAAUUCUGGUUGUACAAUAAGCCAGCUGGAUCACAUAAGUUGCUGCUGCAGCAAUGUCUAGAAGCUAUAUGUGCACAAACAUUUCCCACGAUGCCUUCUCAGGCUCUACACAUGUAUGGCCCUACGCUGAUAUUCUCACAGUGCUGAGGUUUCACUCGCAAAUACAGUAACACUACUGACUGACAUGGCAGUUAGAAAAAAAUCAGUCAUCCCUCAAACAUUUUACUGACAGGGUGGGUGUAAAAUGAACCUCACAAGCGCUACACCACCCUCAGAAAUAGCUGAGUGUAACUGAACAGUCAGCAUAUUGUGAUGGAAUAUUCACCCUGAUAAUCCAGCUUGUUAUUGAACUUGCAGAAUGUAAACAACGUUGCACGUCCAACACCUCUAGUAUAGUCUCCUCUCUGUAUGAAUAUACAGCUUCGCUUCGUCAUCUUCUAAGAUUUGCAGCCGUCAGCUUCAUGGACAGAAGCACUCAAUAAGUGCUAAUAAGGUUUAUAAUUCAGAUUUUGUAGCUCAAGAGCCUGUAAUGUACUUUCAAAGGAUGAUCAGUACUUGAUUUGCCGUAGAUAUAAUUUUUUGCAGUUAUCAAAUCUUUUUGAUCUGCUUUUCUGUGAAGUUCACUUGACUCUGAUUGGAGCUUUGCAUAGAUAUAUCAACCCACAUUCGAGACAGGAAUGACCUCUCGUGCUUAUCACAUCAGCUGAACCCUGUCAGGCCAUGCAAAGCUUGCUGCCAUGCCUCGCUACAUCACAUUGAUGAUACUAGACAAAAUGCUGAUGUUCAAACAGUAUCACUGUUGCAUCUCAAAAUAGACAAGCAUGUCCUUUCCGUCGGGCAGGAGCCUGUAAGGAUUCAAAUCAAAGCCAGUUCUCUAUGCAGGUCAUCAGGUUGUAUCCCACUGUGUCAUUGUUUUAAUUACACAGUAAACAAUUGAAUUCACAUUAAUUUCAUUAUUUAUGACAAGGGCACAAGCGUCUGUGUCUUAUGAACAAUGACGCCAUAGAGCACUUUGCUUUCAAGACUAUGACACAUUGCAUUUUUUUUUAAUUUCAGAGGUGAGGGUUUGGUAUCAUGUAGUGCAACCAUAUAUUUUUCUGUGUGUCAGGAAAUGUCUUGGAUAGACUCUCCUUUCCCUGCAAAAGCUUUACUGGCGUAGUUAUACUGUUAUUUUUUAGUAGCCAAUUCAGGGAAACUCAAUGUCCAAAUUUGGCACAAUGUAAAGAGUGGCCAGCAAAGAAAAAAUAGCAUGCUAGAUUUUAAAUCUUCACUGUAAAUGUUUGGAUUCCCUUUGCCUCUAACUUACAAAAUCCUUUAGCAACAGCCAUACAUUUUCUUAACAAGUUGCCUGAGAUUUCCCCAAAACUUGUCUUCACACAGAUAUCAUCAUUAUGUACCGGUCGUCCACUUUGCGGAGCAGGAUGAUUAUUUUUCGUAGAUAUCUGAUGUUUCUGUUUUCCUCCUCAUCUCCCAAGCCGAAACAUUUAGUUGCAGGCAUUGGUCACAGCUUUAUUUAAUGGCUCACUGGUAUGUUUGCAACCUGAUUUUUAAACUUUUAUUGCCAUUUUCCUUUUAGGGUGUUUUAUUUUUCUGGAUUUUUCUUUUUAUUUCUGCAGCUAAUUACGACAAAUAUUUGUGCAAGUGGCAGUUAAAUUACUGUAGCAGUAGACUGAGUAAGCUGACAGCCCAUUCAAGAACACACACCACACUUUUACUGGGACUUUCAGUAAGCUGUAAUUUUCUGAGCCUGUUUCAUAUGUCUAAGCAAUAAUAGUUGAAAGUCUUAUUCUUUAGUAUUGGUGUUUUGCAAGUUUGGACUCUGAACCGCUGUUAAACUUCUUGGGUGCGGUUUAAGUUGAAGAUUGAGGAAGUCUAGCACAGAUUUUUCUCUCCAAAUGAAAACUCAAGCCUCAAUACCCAGUUAAUCACAAAUUGAGACACUUUCUUUUCUCCUUGAAAUAACCAGAGGGAUCAGCAGUGGUUUUGUUUAGAGUGCAGCUGCUUUUUUAAACCUUAUAAAUGAAUCCACAAAUUCUGCCCAAAAAGGCUGAAAUUACUAUAAUCACACAGUUGUUGAAGGCAGAAUGAAUGGGAUUUGUUGUUUGCCUUCUGGAAACAAUGGCUCCUCUUGAAUACGUGCUGAACAAUGCAAAAUAAGAAGGGAGGGCAAAGACUCUGCAGACACAGACACCUGUAUCUGCAGAGUAGCUGCUACAGUGUAACUGGAGAUUUGUGCUAUUAGCAGCUUAGCUCCCCUGAACUAGCCGUGACAAAAUGACAGCUGCGACUUUAAAUUAAUUCAAAUUAAAUAUAUGCAAACAUUCAUGGCGACUCUAUAGUGUUGUCCAUACUCAGACUGUGAGCAGCACUCCCUCUUGAAUGCAUGGAAAAUCAUUACUCUUAUUGUACUGUCCAGAGCUGUUUUUGAUGGAAAAACUCAUCUUCUUCAACAUCAAUAAUCCCUUAUUCAGAAUGGAAACAUACAUGCUUUUACAAAUCAUUGUAGAUGCUGGCCAAAGCAAACCAUCUCCAUCUUUUCAGUACAUUUUCCUGAGUGCUACGUCUCGUAUAAAACACUGGUCAAAGACGGGUCAGCCGUUCAGAAGUAGCAGAUAAUCACUGAUAAAAGCAGUCGGGAAGAGUUUAUUUGUGAGAUCAAUGCCGUGUUAUAAUAGGACCGUGUUUUUUUGCAUGGCUCGAUCCAGUUGUGGCCACAUAUACACAAAGUUUACUCUGACAAACUGAGCACUGUUGUUGAGUGUUAACACAAUUUUUGUGAAAUAUGGGUUGAAGAUGUUUUUAUAUACAAUUUUUCUACAUUUUAUAUAUAUAUAUAUAAAAAAUCUGCAUAUUUGUGGAUACAUGCAGACAGAACUGUGUGUGUGAGAGAGAGAGAGAGACAGAGAGAGAGAGCGAAUAAACUAGCUCAUCGUUCCUGACAUUUGACCUGUGGGGUGUAGUGAUUUGGAAAUACGAUGCCAAGCUUUUCAACUGAACUCACAUGCAAUGUAUUCCAUGUUUUGCAUAAGGGUGUAACAAGUAUGCUUUCACUGUAAAACAACAGUUUCUGCCUGAACUGUCCUCUGUACAUGAUGGUAUAUUGUUUUUAUUUUUCAAUACAAUAAAUAAAAAGGUAUUAUUUAUGACUAUGA